ACGUAUCCAUAAACAGAUAGGAAUUGAACAAUUUGGACAACUAUGAUACGUAUUAAUAUUUUGUUGGGUGAGAAAUUAUGACAAAUGCUUGAGUUAAUGAGAGAGAAGAGGCUUGAGGAAAAUGAAGAGAGAGAAACUCUCACAUCUGUCUAAAACUCAGGGGACUUGAUUAAUGGAAAUGGAUAUCCGGCACCGCAACCACUGCCGGAAUCCUCGAAUCUUUUCUCACAACGACCAAUAUUGCUUUAUACAUGGUCAACAUCCUCACUACAGCAUCUGGUAUCGCGAUGAACCACGAUGGUAUACGGACUCUCCGUCCAGAAUAUACGAAAGGAGUAAUACGAGAAAGGGAGUUGAAUCACGCGAAGCAGGAUACCUUCCCAACAACCAUUGGGACAUGAACAGACACUCAGUUCGUCGAAACUAUAAUAACGCUCCCAGGUAUUACUACAGGACAUGCGGCGACUUCGACUCAGAGCUAAAUGGGCAGGAACAACGAGCCCUUUCUCAUCGCCAACACUCAGACUUCAGAGCCAAGACAGGUGCUCCGGAAGACGGCUGGCUCACGGUUGAUUACAGGAGACGACGGUCUCCUCACCCCAACCGCCGAAUCACAGAGCAUCAAUGCCGUUUAUCAAAAAACAUCUGUAAUCCGGGUAAUUUCAAUCAAUUUUCCUGGUUAGAUAUCGAAGAUGACUCUCUUAUUUUAACGCAAGCACAUGUUUCCGAAAAUUUGCUCCCAAAUUGUUCAUUCGGUUACCAGAAGAUAAGGGAAGAAAAUAACAGGAAUUGGAAAAGAACAUCAAACGCCCGGAUAACUGUUUCAAGGGACGGCCGACAUCGGCGGCAGGGGAACAUAAAGGAUGGUCAUCUCAAUUGCCGACCGAAGGUCUCAUUGCCGGCGGCAACUCCGGCUACAGCGGCGGACACCUUGGCCGCGUCUUCGGAUGCCGCGCCUCAAUCAACUACAAGGGGGUCGGUGGAGCCACAAACAACUCAGUCCCAGAGCAAUCAGCACAACCAUGUCGAUAGCUCUGGAAAGCAGCCAAAAACACUCACGUGGGCUGAUAUCUUGAAAAAGAACAAUGACCAUUCACUUCCUAACCUGGUUGUUCCAUUCUCAGCCGCUAAUAUUUGUCUUACGGAAGACAACGACAAUUUGAACACUACUCAAGAAAAUCGGGCUGAGUCAGAUUUAAUUUCGGAGGAAUGUGAAAAAUUUGGUUUCUUUGGAGAGGAUGGGUUUGACUCAAUUAAAAUUGAGUCUAAACUCUUCAAAUUUGCAGUUAAGAACAAAGAAAUUGUUAUUUUCGAGAUAAAAAAAUCUUUGAUGCACAAGAUUAGUUUCAAUCUUGAUUUGGCUACACAAAUCAUUGGAUAUAUCUCUCAGAUCACACGAUCUGAUCAUAACUAUGGGCAACGAAGGAGAAUUGGUCAUAUCAUGAUUUCUACAGAACUUAACAAUUCAGGUUGGUUCCUGAAGAUUUCUAAGGAAAAAGGAAGUUUCAUUUUGAUUCCAACGGGUCCAAAAAACUCUAGACUGCUUGAAUUUCUGGCUAUGUUUUCAAAUACUGUGGGAAUCUCCGCUUUAGUGCAGGAGGAUCAAAUGCAUGUGAAACCCAAAACCACGGCAGACACAAUAGAACCCACAUCAAUAUCUAAACUUAUAUUUAAUUUUCAAAUUCAGGGAGCCUACACAGAGCAACAACAAACUCACUGUUCAGAGAUCCCUCCCAAACUACCACUGCUUCUAGCCUACUCAGAUGCUUCUGACAGUUAUGAUCCAUCAGAUGAGUCUUUUUUCUCAGACGACUUUCUAGGGCACGCAACUGAAAGUGAGCGUCGACUACCAAUCUCCAAUCAGAAUGAUAUAAGGGACUCAAAAUUCAACAGGGGUAUCUGCCACAAAUCCAAGUUCAUUACUUCGGAUAAUUGUCUGCCAACUGAUAACUUGAACACACAACUGAAGAUUUAUAAAAAAUCUCAGAAGAACAAACGGAGACACAGUAUGAGGACUAGAUCACAGUCCAAACAAUUCCCUUGGGCUUAGUUUGUUGUUUUUAUUUAAUUCUAUUUUCUUUUGUAUUGUUGUUUUUUUGUCUGUACGUUUUUUUUCGUAUUGUACUCUUUCCUUUUAUCAAUAAAAUCUUUCUUUUCAAAAAAA